GAUUAAAUAUGGAAAAGUGGUGAUCUGGGGUUUUGCGCCUGACAUUUCACAAUAAUUCAGAUAUGCAAAUAUGAUUGCUUGAUAAUGAGGCUUAUACAAUAGAUACAAAAUAAUAUGGGAACCAAAUGACAGGUGAAGGACUGUACCUUUGUGUCUGACCUUUUAUUAUGACCUUGACCCUUAAAUGACUUUCAUCCAGGGCAUCAAAAUAGUUGCUUAUGUCUCGAAAAAGAUGUGCGCUAAGAACACCACAACAGGACAAAAUCAUUGCCAAAGGGGAGGGAAUAUUGUGGAACACGUUCAUAAUAGCAGCCAUAUCGGUGUCCAUUUCAAUUUACGUUUUGUCUUUAUUCAAAUUACCAUCAGGAGCACAGGGUCCCCUCUGGGCCUGUUUGGCUACAAUCCAUUCUUUUAAUGUUGUAAAUUGUUUCUUCUAAAGCAAUUUGUGCAAUCAUCCAUUAGAGACUACCGUCCUGAAAUGCAGGGUGCUUCUGUCCAUCUUCGCCACAGUGAGCCGGAUCGCUGCCUCCUGAAAUGGGUGAAUGGGAUCUGCUGGGCCGCCUGCUGGAUAAGGUGCAGAGCCACUCCACAGUCAUCGGCAAGGUGUGGCUGACGGUGCUGUUCGUCUUCCGCAUCCUGGUCCUGCACGCUGGUGCCGAGAAGGUGUGGGGUGAUGAACAGUCUGACUUCAUCUGCAACACUCAGCAACCUGGCUGCGAGAACGUCUGCUACGACUUGGCGUUCCCAAUCUCUCACGUCCGCUUUUGGGUUCUCCAGAUUAUCGCUGUUGCGACCCCGAAGCUGCUUUACCUCGGACACGUCCUUCAUGUGAUCCACAUUGAGAAGAAGAUGAAGGAGAGGAUGAAGAAGCAAGCAAUACUGGAUGAUCAAGUCAACCUCUUCCUUAGGAGAGCAUACAAAGUUCCCAAAUACACCAAAAGCAGUGGCAAGAUUAGCAUUCGUGGCCGGCUCCUUUGCAGUUAUGUCCUCCAGCUUGUGGCCAAGAUUAUCCUGGAGGUUUUGUUCAUUCUGGGUCAGUAUUUUCUUUAUGGCUUCACCCUCCAGAGUCGCUAUGUCUGCAGUCGCUCCCCCUGCCCCCACAAAGUCGACUGCUUCCUGUCCAGGCCAACAGAGAAAUCAGUCAUUAUCUGGUUCAUGCUGGUGGUUGCCAUUGUUUCCCUCUUCUUGAGCGUAGUUGAGCUCCUGUAUCUGUGCGUGAAGGCGGUGAAGGAGUGUAUGGCAAGGAGGCAGGACUACAUCGUGACUCCAGUGACACCUCCACUUUCAGACAGGAAGGCUUUUAAAACUCAAGAUGAGAUCAUGCACAAUUGUGUCAGUUUGGACCUGGAGCUCCAAGGACGGAAGUUUGGGGUCAACGGUGGUGUGAACGAAGUUAGUAGGAACGCAUCGACUGAGAACAACAGCUCGGGGGAGAUCCACAUCUGAAGUGGGGCAAUAAUGACAGAUUAGGUUUGCGUGCACCCAACUAACCUGAGCUUCAAGGGCUUUUAACAAGAAAAGUAUGUGAGCAGUUAAAAAAAAAAAGUGGAGCUGGAGGGGUAUCAGUUCUGGCAAGCAACGUGCUGGUUCCAGUGUGAUAUAAAUCUUUCAUUUUACAAUGCUAUAUACAGUUUUUAAUAUAUUCUUUUAAAUGUAUGCACUCUUUCCAUGUAUGUACACAUUAUACUUGUAAUAGUGUAGCUUGCUUGAAUAAACAAUUUCCAUUGA